AUGGAUUUUAAAUUGAAGAAGUUCAAACAAUAUUCCAACCUUAUCAUAAUAUUGAUAUAUUUAAUUUUUUAUUAUAACAAAUAUACUGUUAAAAUAUUUAGAUCCUAAAAUUGCUAAUAAGGGGAAUUUUAUUAAGUUUAUUAUGAUCUUAUUAAGAAAUUGUUAUUCUAAGAUUUUCCAGUUGAUUAAUUUGCUUUAAAAAAUCAUUCCCUUUGUUUAAGAACAUUUUAAUAAUGA